GGAGAGAGAGGGAGAGCUGAGAGAGAAGAGAGGAGGGGAACUGAAACCCACCGCGGGUGUUUCCAGUCUCGCUGACGUCGUUUCAAACUCGCUGCUGCAACGCUAUCAGGACCGAGCAGGCAGCUGCCAAACCACACACCACACACACACAUCACACACACACACACACACACACACACACACACACACCCCACACACAAACACACACACACACACACACACACACACACACACACACCCAUGGAUAUGACUCGUCCGCUGACUCGGAGUGACAGUUGGGAAUAACAGGUUCUUCAUCCAGAUCCAGUCAGGAUGUCGGUGAAGCUGAGAUUCGACUCGCCCUCAGAUGGAGGUUUGGUCAACAGGAGCCGCUCCUUCACCGGCUCCAGCUCUCUGACUGGACGACGGCGGACGACCUCUUUUCGUAACUCUCUCCGCUCCAAAGCCAUGACAGGAGGUAAAUCUCCCAGAAUGCACCUGUCUGCCAGCAGAGGGGGGGGAGUUGUCUGGUCUCUGCAGCCGGAGCAGGUCGACAGGGUCUUCCAGACGCUACGCAAAGGACUCAAGGAGUACCUGGAGGGUCACCAGGCAGAUAUGGACUUCCUGUCUUCCCAGCAGAGAGAGACCAAGAGAAACUCCAGACUGGCCUUUCUGUAUGAUCUAGAGAAGGAGAUCAGAGCACUGGAGAGACACAUACGAAGAUUAGAAUUUCAAAUCAGCAAGGUGGAGGAGCUGUACGAGACGUACUGUAUCCAGUGGAGGUUGUGUCAGGGAGUGGUCAACAUGAAGAGAGCCUUCUCACUGUCCCCGUCCACCAGGGCCUCCAGGGAGAGCCUUCUGGAGCUCAGUCGCAACCACAGACACAGCCUGCAGGACAUGUCAGUUAUGGAGGGAGAGUUAGAAAUCCUCCUUGGAGAGCUACACAUCAAAAUGAAAGGUCUGAUUGGCUUUGCCCGACUCUGUCCUGGAGAUCAAUACGAGGUGGUGGUGCGUCUGGGCCGCCAGCGAUGGAGGCUCCGAGGGAGGAUCCAAUCAGACGACACGCAGGCCUGGGACCAGGAGGAGAUGGUCUUCCUCCCGCACAUACACCACAACUUUGAGAUCAAGGUGACCGAGGCCAAGGGUUUGGGUUGGCUGCUGGUCGGCAUGGUGACGUGUGCCAGCGCUGAUUUCUUCGUGGUGAGGCCGCAGCUGAUGUUGGUGGACAUCACGGAGCUGGGGACCAUCAAACUGCAGCUGGAGGUCACCUGGAAUCCGUUUGACAGCGCGGAGAAGAUGAGGCCGCUGUCUGUCAGCAGGCAGUCGGUGUCCAGCAGGAAGAGCUCAGUUUACAGCUGGACGGCACCGAGCACCCCCUCCUUCACAGAGAAAUACUUCAUAUCGAUGAUGCGUGAGCUGCAGGACCCAGAGGGCUCGCUCCCGUCCCUGGUGUCUAAAAGUCGACACACCAGAGGAGGCGUGUCUCUGCUCAGCUACCUGUACAACCCGUCCCACACCGCCAUCCCCUCAGACCACAGUCCUCUACGCCCCUACAGUCUGACACGAACUCACAGCUACCCGUCCUGCCACAGUCAGGGCACCAGUCUGGGAGGAAGCCAGUCUCAGCUGUCCCUCGGGGGGGAAGGGUCCCCGGAGAUGUCUACAGAGGAGAGGGAGAGGACGGAGAGGAUGGAUGACAAGGACGGAGAGGAGGAGUGGGGAAGUGGGUUAGACACUCGCUCUACACCAGCAGAGAGGAAACCAAGUUCCCUGCUGGGGCUGCAGAGCACUCCUGACAUCCUGAGAAAGAACCCAGCUGGAGAAGCUGACCCUGGAGCACACAGUGCAGCGCCUGGACCGGACGCCGGCGGCGUGCAGGACUCCCCAGAGUGUCAGUCCUAUUCUGCCCCGGCCUCACCCGCACCCCCUACUCAGCCUCAAGAUUCAACCCCUUCCUCACCUGCCACUGCUGCUCUGACCCCAGGGAGGCCUGGGGUGGGCAGUGCCCAGCGCAGGGCCCAGGCCAUCAGGCUGGGAGCCCUGAUUGCAGAGCUGGAGAAGACCCUACAGAACCAGAGCUGCUCUGAGAAGGAGCUGAGAGCCCUGGACCACCAAAUACUGCACCUGGGAACCAUACUGAAGAACGACCUUUCCCUGCUGAGAAGCUCAUCAUCAGAGGAGACUCUGGCUGUAGAGGAAGUCCUGGGCAGCUUUGACUUCCUUUCUCACGACUUCAUUGCAGAUGAUGACACUUCCUGUUUGGGCAGCCUGAGACUCAAAGACAGUGGCAUCAGUUCUUUUCAGCAGAGCACUCUUAAGAGUCUCGGCCUCCUCUCCCAGAACAGCCAAUCAACUUCGGAGGAAGAGUUGGUCAUAACCCCUCUGACUUCUGGGAAUUGGGGUGUAGACCAGGCUCUUGAGACUCACCUGGAUAUAUGUUGCAUCCUGCUCCAGAUGAUAGGAACGACCGAGUUCAGCCCAUCGAGGAGGGACCUGCUGGAGGAAAUGGCUCUCCAAGCUGAAGUCCUUGACAGAAUCAGCUGUCUGCUGCUAGAAAGGAACGACAGCAUAUCUGCUAGAGACAUCCUCCCCAAGGCCCAGAGAAAGAGGGAUCUUCUGUUGUUCUGGGAGGAGUGUAUGAAGGACAGCAGCUCUCCUUUCUGUUGCCUCUCUGACAGUUUCUCUCGGGCGUUAAAGAAACGUUACACCCACAAGGUGAAGGCCAAGCAGCCCGGCCAGUCAGAAAAAGUGUUUUCUCAGCUCCUGCAGCAGGUCCAGACGGCCUGUCGGAUGGUGCCCAGCCUCCGGCCCGUCUGUAGCCCAGAGAGAGUCACCCUCUUCCAGCUGUCGGUGUAUUUGAAUCGCUGGAGCAUCCCGGAGCUGGGAGAACACAUCUCACGCCUGUCCAAAGAAGAGUACAUCCUGUCCGCCCUGAGGAGCCCCAAAAGGAGGCGGGCUUUAAAUAAGUUGAGGGGGCGGAGCAUGGUGGAGCUCCUCCCGCUGAGAUGCACGCUGCAGACCCUCGCCGCCCUGCAGCUCGACUCCAACCACAAAGUCUGCAAAGCUGCUGCCAGCUGUCUCUGCAGAGCUGCAGGCUGCAAGGCUUUCAGGAGCAAGGCGGUACUCUACUACACAGAGAGUUUGAAAAGCACCGACGUUCAGAUCCAACGAGGCUCUUGUCUGGCUCUUAAAUGCCUCAAGGCGACAGAGAGUGUGGACCACGUAGCAGAUUUGUGGAGAUCAGCAGAUGAAGAUCUUUGCAGCGCUGCCAGAGAAACUGUCCUCUCUUUUGGUAAAAAAGGGUACCUGGCCUUCCAGAGGAUGGACCAGCUGUACGCCGAGAUGCAGGAGGAGGCUUACCAGAACCAAGAGACUGAGAUUACCUUUCUAUAGGAAACACGUUGGACAUAAAAUAGGUCUUUUUUUUUAUGGGAUCGGACAUAAAAAGUCUUAUUGAUCCUGACUGUCAGGGUGAGAGACUAAAUUUAAACAAAGUGUGUGUCUGAGUUGGAUAAAGUUUAUGAGCCCGCCCUGAGGGGGGGUGCCAGGAUGAGGAAUCCUACUUCUAUGGUACCUUCAUGACCAAUACCAAAGGGAAGGGGAGUGCUGAGGGAGAUCUGAAGAUGGUGGAGUCUUCUCUGGAUGGAUCGCUCACUCACUGAAGGUUUUGCUCCAGUUUGCUUCAUCCUGUGACCAAAGAAGUGACUUUACUGGAGACGUGAAUUUAUUUUGUUGAAAUAUGCAGUUUUGUAUGAAGAAGAAGGCAUUUGGUUCCUGCUGAGAUGCCUUGUGUGUAAAUGUCAAAUCCUCCCUGCUUGUCCUGUGUUGGGACUUACUUUCAAUAAGCUCUACAUGGUUGUUUUAUUAGAAAAUCAAGGAGAAAUGUAUUAUUAUUUCAUAUAAUGUCACAAGUGUGUGAUUUAGAGACAUAAUGAGCAAAUAUCCAAAACAUCAUGUCAACUUAUGAGGGCCCAAACAAAUCCCU